AUGUCGUACUACCCGGGUCAAGGAGGCUAUGGCGCGCAACAACAUUCCUACGGCCCUCCUCAGUCGUACUCUCCACAACCACAAUAUCAGCAGUAUAAUCAAGGAUACCCACCACAACAAUCAUAUGGCUACCCGCCACAGCAACAGAACUACGGUCCCCAGAGCUACAACGCUCCGCCGCCGCAGAUAACGCCUUAUGGAUACAACAACCCUCCACCUCAAUCGCAAGGAGGCUAUGGUUAUGGCGGCCCACCUCCUCCACAGCCAAAUGGAUAUCCUGGUCCACGACCUGGCAUGCCGAGUGUAUACAACGCGAACGGCAACCCUCCGCCCCCUCCUACAGCUCCUCAGGCCUUCGGACACGGCGCUCCAAGUCAAUACCAAUUCCAGUACUCGAACUGCACGGGAAAGAGGAAAGCAUUGUUGAUCGGUAUCAACUAUUUCGGACAAAGAGGGCAGCUUCGCGGAUGUAUCAACGAUGUGAAGAACAUGUCCACCUACCUCAACCAAAACUUCGGCUACGCAAGAGAAGACAUGGUGAUCCUUACCGAUGACCAACAGAACGAAAUGUCCCAGCCGAAGAAGCGAAACAUCCUCAGAGCCAUGCACUGGCUCGUAAAAGAUGCACAACCUAAUGACUCUCUGUUUUUCCAUUACAGUGGUCAUGGUGGACAGACGCCUGACUUGGAUGGCGAUGAGGAGGACGGCUACGAUGAAGUCAUAUACCCAGUCGAUUUCCGUACCGAAGGUCACAUAGUAGACGAUGAGAUGCACAGGAUCAUGGUCAAGCCACUGAAGCCGGGCGUUCGCCUUACUGCGAUAUUCGAUUCAUGCCACUCUGGCUCCGCUCUCGAUCUUCCAUACCUCUACUCAACACAAGGUGUGCUCAAAGAGCCAAACCUGGCCAAGGAGGCGGGUCAAGGACUGUUGUCCAUCGUCUCAUCCUACGCUCGUGGCGACCUUGGUGGUAUGGCUUCUACUGCUAUGGGGCUGUUCAAGAAGGCGACAACCGGUAGUGCACAAUACGAGCGAGCCAAGCAAACAAAGACAAGUCCUGCCGAUGUGAUCAUGUGGUCGGGUAGCAAAGAUGAGCAAACUUCGCAGGAUGCAGUCAUUUCAGGAGAAGCAACAGGCGCAAUGAGCUGGGCUUUCGUCAAUGCUCUGAAGAAGAAUCCACAUCAGAGCUAUGUACAGCUCCUCAACAGCAUUCGUGAUGAGCUAUCAACCAAGUAUAGUCAAAAGCCUCAGUUGAGCUGCAGUCAUCCUUUAAAUACGGAUAUAUUGUACGUCAUGUAA